UUCCCGGCGCUUCCUGGGCUUUUUCCAUUUUGCUUAGUUGUCUGGGGAAUAUUAUUUACAAAAGGUCCCCCGUCUAGCGCCGCACAAGUGGCCAUACAGCAGCUGCCUCUUAUCCUUUUCUCGAUAUUGACACACUCCGCGGCACUAUUCCGUCCGCUGUGCCUGUUCGGUCAAGAGACGGUGGCUCACCGACCGGCGCUCUCGUUCCGAGUCGCAUCAUCAAGCUGCAACCUUGCGUCAAUUGGGCUUUCGCUACAGCCUCUUUAGAUCCUUGAAGAAAUACUACGCAUCCCAGCGCUGGGAUAUAUUGCCCUUCCUCUCGCUCAUACGCAUAGACAGACACUCCCCUCAUAUACAACAUGUCUGACGCUCCCGCCAAUACUACCUCUGCCUUACGGCGUCCCUCCACCAGCUCCGAGACGUCCUCCCUCUCCUCGGCCUCAACCGCCUCCACCGCCUACACCACUUACUCUUAUACCAAGGAAGGCCAGCCGCUCCUCGACAUCCACGAGAGAAAAGCCAAGAGGGGCCUGCGCCAAAAGGCUCGCGACAUGGUGCACGACAUGGGCAACCCACCCACUGCGCGACAAGAUGCCAAGGACGGCAAAGAGACGCUUAACCAUGCUCCAUUGGGCGGCAUGAUAGGCGAACCCAUGAUGAGGCCAGGCAAGAUUUAGAUGGAUACUUGUGCGUCUUGUGGCUGGCUGGUAAUAUCUGCCUGUCUGUCCAUUGGCUCGAUGGGGCAAAUACCGUUGCAUUGCAUUGCAGCGCUGUAUCUGGACAAAGAAAAUUAUCAUGAUGGAAAUGAAAUCUGAAAAAAGGGUCUCGGCGUUUUGUUCUUGUCUCUGAUGGAUCGCUUGGGUUUAUGUUAUUAUUUUACUCUUUAUGUAUGUCUUUGAAAGUUUUAGUUGGUGAGCGCCAUGGCUAUUGUUUAUUCUCUUCUUACUUGAUUCUCUCUUUGAAAUGAGAAAAGCAGUGUGAAUGAACGUGAGGCGCUUGACCUGCUU